AUGGACCCCCUCAAUCCAAACCCAGAUAUAAUGCUGAAGGAUGAGAGCACUAAGAUAUUCCCAAAAAAGGUGGCUAAUCAUUACAGCGUGAGGAGCAAUAGAUUACUGCAAAAAGUUGCUAGAUGGGAGAGAGAGCAUAAAUGUACUGCAGUUUCUAUAAAGCAUGAUAGUAGAAGGUUUUUGAUCUGGGAAACUCUUCUGUUCACUACCUCUUGUGCGUUCCCAUCACCAACAGUUGUUGUAUCGUUGGUCAGUACUACUUUUGCUGCAAGUCCUAAUACCUCACUUCCAGUCCACAUUGGAGCCAGAGUCUCCUGUUGGUUGAAAGGCUUUUCUUCUUCAGAUCAUCAUCAGACUCAGUUAAAUCUUUGA